UCGCCUUUGUCCGCAGGCGCAUUAUCGCUGCGGCUGGAGCUCGGUUACUCACGGAAGACUGGGAUCUCAAAGCAAGUUUCGACAGCAAGCAGAGUCAUCAGGAUCUGAAAAUCCGUGGCAUUUAACUGUGGAAGGAAAGAGGAUUUUGAACAUUGAAGGAAAAAGCACUGUUCACACCAGGGAGAAACACAUAUCAUCUGUGUGUGGAAGAGUCUGUGAAGAAAUGUCCAAACAUCAGCACGGUCACACUAGGGAGAGACUGUGGAAAUGUGAGGAUUGCGGGAAGGGAUUUCUUUACCCAUCUCAGCUGGAAAUGCACCAACGCAGUCACACUGGGGAAAAGCCAUUUACCUGCUCUGAUUGUGGGAUGGGAUUCACUCAGUCAUCCAACCUACUCAAACAUCAGCGAGUUCACACUGGAGAGAGACCAUUCAUUUGCUCUGUGUGUGGGAAAGGAUUCAUGCAGACAUCUCACUUGCUGAAACACCAGCGAGUUCACACAGGAGAGAGACCAUUCGCUUGUUCCAUGUGUGGGAAAGAAUUUGCUUUGUCAUCCAGCCUGUUGAUACAUCAGCGAAUUCACAAUGGGGAGAGUCCAUUCACCUGCUCUGUGUGCGGGAAAGGAUUCGCUUCAUCAACCAAUCUGCUGAGACACCAGCGAGUUCACACUGGGGAGAAACCAUUCACCUGUUCUGUGUGUGGCAAAGGAUUCACUCAGUCAUCCUCCCUGCUGGAACACCAGCAAGUUCACUCUGGGAAGAGACCAUUCACCUGUUCUGAAUGUGGGAAAGGAUUCACUCGCUCAUCUAAACUGCUGGUACACCAGCGAGUUCACACUGGAGAGAAACCAUUCACCUGUACCGAGUGUGGGAAAGGAUUUACUCACUCAUCCAACCUUCUGACACACCAGCGACUUCAUACUGGAGAGAGACCAUUCGCCUGUUCGGAGUGUGGGAAGGCAUUCACUCGGACAAUUGACCUGCUGAUACACCAGCGAAUUCACACUGGGGAAAAACCAUUCACCUGUUCCGAGUGUGGGAAGGGAUUUGCUCACUCAUCCAACCUCCUGAGACACCAGCGAGUUCACUCUGGGGAGAGACCAUUCACUUGCUCCACGUGUGGAAAGGGAUUCACUCAGUCAUCCAAACUGUUAAUACACCAGCAAGUUCACCAAGAACCAUAGUUGAAGGAUUUUGCUCUUACUCACAUCAAGGAAUGAACUGUGAUCUUUGGGCUCUUUGUACUGAUGUUAUUAAUCCCUGCUCAAAACUUGACCUUUUCUUGGGAAAUAAGGCAGGGCAGGUGACUGAGGUAUCAGUAGGGGAAUACUUUGGGGCCCAUGGUCGUAAUUCUAUUUGUUUUAAAAUAGUUGUGGAAAAGGACAGACCUUGUCUAAAACUUAAAGUUCUAAAUUGGAGUAAGGCCAAUUUUGAUAGUAUUAUGCCCCUUAAAAGACCAGCAAGGCUGCCUAUAUGCAGGAACGCAGGCAAUGGGUACGAUGCUAAACGUUUAUUUCACAUCAGUAUGUACUGUGGAAAAGGAUAUGGAAGCUAGAAAACUUGGAGAAAUAAACACUUUUCAAGAUAUAACUAUUUAUAUUACAGAGGAG